AUGGAACGGUAUACAUCAUACAUAGGAUGUGAGAUUUCUAAAGUGCCUUUAUCUGAUACCGCUCAGAGGAUUAUGGCAGUUUUGCAGUCUAUUCCUGUAGAAGUUCAGACUAGCAGAAAAAACAACCAGAGUAUAGAGAAGACAAAGGAAAAUAAACUAGGUGAUAAGGAUGCACAGCUGAAAAAAGAAAAGGAGCUUCAUGAGUCCACAAUUGCCUUAUUAAAAACAUCUACUAGCCCUGAAAUAAAUACCACUGGUCAGAUAGUCAGGACAGUAUACACCAAUGAAACACUUUGCUGUCAAGAUACCAAAGGAGCGAGCUGUUACCAGGAUAUAGGCUUGCCAACAUGGGGAUAUCAAGAAAGAAAUCUUGCUGUAGAAGCCAAAAACCAGAAGGAUUGUGAAAAGAUUGUAACUGCUCCCCUUAAAAGAAAGCAAGAUGUACCUAUAUCUUGUUUGGAGAAAACAAGGAGAUUACCUGUAAAGACCUAUGCUUCCUCACAUGUGAGAAGAUACGACUGUACUUCUGGACAAUCAGAGUCUUCUGAAAAUUUCCCUUUUGAUGUCAGGAAUUUAGGAUGUGAAGAAAAAAGAGAAUUGCUGAAAACUAUAAACCAGGCAGCAGCUUUUGUAACUACUAUGAUAUUUCAAGAUGGUUCUUCACAGCUCAACUCAGAGCAGGUCUUAACCUCAUCAGUAAAAGGAGUUGUUGUGUUAGUGAAGAAUCAGACUGAUCAGCCUUACUCUCCCAGUUACUCUUCUUCAACUGACUGUACUUGGAAUGCUGCUAAUGAAAAUGAUAAAUUAAUUUAUUUAAGAAUUGAAUGGCCAUCUCUUUGGGAACAAGCAAAGCAGGCUCAUGAGAGAUUUGCUUGGCAAGUGUUGUCUCAAAUGCUGCGUUGCAAAGUUCCAAUUAUUUGCUUCAACGCAAAAGAUUUCCUGAGGACUCUGCUUCAAGCUUAUGGUAAUGAAAUUUGCUGGAAACAAGUUGCUGAUAGUGUCGUGUUAGAUCCAAGGAUUGCAGCAUGGCUGAUAAACCCCAGCGACACAGUUCCCUCUUUUGAAUGUUUAAUACAGAAGUAUUUUGAAAAGCCUCAUACUAUGGGAACAGUAAAUACAGAUACAGGCACUUUGAGAAAUGCAUCAUAUCAAAACUUAGGUGUGAACUUGCAGAAGCUUUAUAAUAUAAUGAUGGACCUUGCUCAUGACUUACAGGUUCAAGGUUUGUGGCAAUUAUUUUGCACAUUAGAGCUUCCACUUCUCAAAAUUCUGGCAGUGAUGGAAACACACAAAAUACAUGUGAACAAACACGAACUGAAAAAAACAUCAGAGAUUCUGGGGUUGCGACUCAAAGAACUUGAAAAGGAAGCUCAUGAAGUUGCUGGAGAACGAUUCCUUGUGUCCAGCAGUAGUCAGCUCAGAGAGGUACUAUUUGAAAAGUUAAAACUGCAUACGCUGUGUGAGAAAGUUCACAGAACUGAAAUACAACAACUUGUGUCCACCUCAGAAGUUGUGCUAAAGCAGUUGCAAGAUCUUCAUCCUUUGCCUAGGAUAAUUUUAGAAUACCGUCAGGUUCAUAAGAUGAAAUCAACUUACGUGGAUGGACUCCAAACAUGCAUGAGAAAGGGAUUUAUUUCCUCUACAUGGAAUCAGACGGGAACUGCGACUGGCAGACUUUCAGCCAAACAUCCAAACAUUCAAGGUAUCUCUAAACAUCCAGUUAGAAUCACAAAGAAACAGUACAUUAAAGGAAAAGAAGAGGAAAUAGUAACUAUUUCCCCAAGAACACUGUUUGUGUCAAAAAAAGGAUAUUCAUUUUUAGCAGCAGAUUUUUCCCAUAUUGAGUUAAGGAUCCUUGCUGACUUAUCAUCUGAACCAGAACUUCUGAAACUGUUCCAAGUACCUGAAACCACCGAUAUCUUUUCCACACUGGCUUCUCAGUGGAAGGGGAUUCCAAGUGACCAAGUGCAACACGCUGAUAGGGAGCAAGCAAAGCGUAUAGUUUACUCAGUGGUGUAUGGAGCAGGUAAAGAACGUCUUGCUGACUGCCUGGGAAUUACUCCUCUUCAAGCCAGUCAAUUUAUAGAGAGUUUUAUGCAAAAAUACAAGAAAGUACAUGAAUUUACGAAGAAAACCAUUGAACAGUGUCGAAAUAAAGGUUAUGUGGUUUCCAUCAUGGGACGUAAAAGGCCAUUGGCUAAUAUCAAUGCACAGGAUUACAAACUGCGCACUCAAGCGGAGAGGCAGGCGGUCAAUUUUGUUGUUCAAGGAUCUGCAGCUGAUCUCUGUAAAAUGGCUAUGGUGGAGAUUUUUACCUCUGUUGUCAUUUCUCCAACUUUAACUGCCAGGUUAAUUGCCCAGAUUCAUGACGAGUUGUUGUUUGAAGUAGAAGAUUCUCAAAUCCAGGAAUUUUCAGCACUGGUAAAAAGAACAAUGGAGUCCCUGCAGCAAACCACAGCCUUGGAAGUGCCACUAAAGGUUCCCUUGAAAGUGAUUCUUACCACUGGGAAAUCAUGGGGGUGUAUGACAGAAUUGCAGGAGAUGUAAAGCAGUCAUUGGGGAUGUUAUUCAGCACCCGUCCGUACACCUCAUUGGCCUAUGCUGAUUCCUCGCUGAAUCACUAGGCAACAGCGCUGCUGGAUCUUUCAUAAGCACCUAAUACUCUGCAUGUGAAUUUUUUUACUUCAUUUUGUCUGUAGCCCUAGGCAACAGCAGUGAGAUAAAACUGGUUUUUACCAGUUCAUUGUGUUUCCUUUAGCCAAGGUAACCAGCAGGGAGCUGCUUUUGUUCACAGCUAAAUUACUUACAUGUAAGAAAUGAAGCAAGACAAUAUUAACCCUUUGGGAAUGUGAGAAAUACAUUUGAGUUAGAGGUUUAGACUUCAAUAUUUUGUGAAGUGCUUGUGUAAAAAUACUUGUAAUCUGGCACUGUUUGAACUCUAUCAGCAAAUGCUUAAUGUUGUGUUCAGCUUAUUUGAUA